GUGACCUAAUAUUUCGACAGUAGAUGGCUCUCGUCAAGCAAAUUUGCUUCUGGGCGCAAAAGUAGAAGUAACGAUUUGAAUUAUCGUGUGUACUCGUCAACGACACAGUUUCCUCGUUUGAUUUUCCCGUUCAAUUUGCGUUUAUAUUCUAUGAUGAGAGACAGACUGGAUCAUUUGUAUUUGAAUAAGCGCGUGAUUUAGCUAAUUGAUACAAAAACUAAGAUUGAAAAUCCAUCGUUGGUUCCGGAGAAAAAUAUCUUUUUCGAGAUGAGUAUAAAUAAUGGCCUGGCCGGUAGGCCCGACUGUGCCAAUGAAAAACUACUUAAUCCUUUUGUGCACCACUUGGAGUUAGAUACCACAUACGAGAAAGUUAAGACUGCACUUCUGACUAUUAUUCUUCUGCCCAUAAGAGUUUUUGUAAUAUGUUGCUUUCUCAUCGCUGGGUGGUUAGUAGCCUCUGCUGGACUGUGGGGUCUCACAGAGGAGGAGUUGUUGGAAAAACCUUUAAGUGGUUGGAGAAGCCGCCUCAAAGUGGUUUUGGCUCAUCUGAUUCGUGUCAUAUUCAUAAUCGGCGGUUUUCGAAUGAAAAUAAUAGGAAAUUUACUCGAAAGAGACGCUGCCCCUGUGGUUGCUCUAGCUCCUCAUUCUUCCUUCGUAGAUUGCUUGGCUAUGGUCUAUAUGGGUGGACCCUCGAUUGUGGCCAAAGGAGAAACAGCCAAUAUUCCGCUUUUUGGAAAACUCAUCAAUUUCACCCAGCCAAUCUACGUGUUCAGAGAUGAUCCAGACUCUAGACAUAAUACCAUUAAGGAAAUAAUAAAGAGGGCAACUUCCAAAUUAGACUGGCCACAAAUUCUGAUAUUUCCGGAAGGUACCUGCACGAAUAGAUCAUGUUUAAUAACCUUCAAAGCUGGUGCAUUUUACCCAGGAGUGCCUGUUCAACCUGUAUGCAUCAGGUAUCCCAAUAAAAUUGAUACGGUUACAUGGACAUGGGAUGGACCAGGAGCAUUAAAACUAUUAUGGCUGACGUUAACAAGACCAUACAGCUAUUGCGAAAUCGAAUUUUUGCCUGUCUAUACCCCAAACGAUGAGGAGAAAAGGGAUCCCAAAUUGUUCGCAAAUAAUGUGCGAAAAGUGAUGGCAAAAGCACUGGGUGUGCCCAUAUCAGACUACACGUAUGACGAUUGUAAGCUACUCACCAGGGCUAAGGAAAUGAAUUUGCCACAGGCAAUUUCCAUAAUGGAUCUUCAAAAACUGAGGCAUAGUUUAGGGAUGGCAUGUACGACGCAAGAAGAGGCCCUAGUGGACUCUGGGACCAAUUUGGACCUUAGCAAAGUUUCUUAUAAUGAGUUCGCAAAGCUAUUGAAUAUUCCUCCGAUGGAAAUGUCUACGAAGCUUCUGUUUUCCAUCUAUAAUAAGGACGAUUCUGGAAUAAUUGAUAUGAGGGAGUACCUUUUAUGUGUCCUGGCGAUAAAUCAAACGACUGUCGAAGCGGUCAAUACUGCUUUCAAAAUAUACGAUCAAAGUGGUCAAGGAAGGCUUAGGUUAGAAGAUUUCAUAAAAGCCGUUCACCAUACUUUAGCACUCACGGAAGACACAGCAACAGAUAUAUUCCAUCAAGUAGAUAUCAACAAAUUGGGAUACAUCACUUUCAACAGUUUCAUGCUUCAUGCAGAAGGACGGGAGGACCUAGAAAAUUUAUUAUAUAGGAAUAAAGAAGAAAAAUUCAUCAAAAAACACGGGCAAUUUUGCCCACCGGACGACCAUGGUAGAAAGAGGGAUUGACCUUUCCAAACUUUGCAUGUGUAAACUUCACCCAAUGGAUAAUAUACAUACUUAUAUAUAUUUUUCGAAUCUACUCUUCAAUGAUGCUCUCAGUGACUCCAGUCCAGUAUUGAAAACAUAAACUCAAAACUGAAUGUUUAUGUUUAUAGUAAAACAGUAAAUGAGAGAGUGAUAUAUAUAGAGUGUCAUUUUAUUUAUUAUUAUUGUUAUUUCGAGAAUUAUUCAUUUAAUGAAAUAUUAUAUACUAA